GGCUGAUUGUGAGCGUGAGAGAAAAAUCAUCCCUUUCGCUUGCUUCGUCUCUCUCUCUCUCUAAAAAAACCUUGUUGUCUAUAUAUGUGGGUUUCGGCCCUCAUCUUUGCCUCUUUCGCGUGUGAAUUGCGAACAAAAUCGUAGUCACGGAGGUGAUUUUGCAAGAAAUCCCAUCAGAAAACACACAUAAACUCACACACUUCACACACAGAUUGACAUAAGGGAUUGAGAUUUUAGAGAGAGAAAGUGGUUCUGUAUUCCGAUUGUCUCUACUUCAUUCAAUAUACAAUGUCCACUUUCUAGCGGACAAGGUGUGGUAGAGAGCUAUUGAUUUGGAUUGCAGUCACUGUUGAAGGUAACUUAAGUUUGGUUGUGGGUGGUUUUGCAGUUUGAAACUGUGGGUUUCAUGGAAGAACAUUGAAUCUGGAAAUGAGUGCAAGGACAUGGUUAAUGGAGAGGAAAAUAGUUGCUGGUUCCUUUCUACGUUGGGACGGCUGUUCUUGAAAGUAAUUGAAAAGCUUUUGUUUCCCGAUAUUUCUGGUACUGAUUGUUUGUGGAAUUUGUGCAAUGUCUCGGUGCUUUCCAUUUCCACCACCGGGAUAUGAAAAGAAACCCACAUUAGACGAACCUGACUUGCUAAAGAAGGAAAAACACAAAGAGAAGAAGCAUAAAAAGGAUAAGAAAGAUAAAGAGAAAAGAGACGGUAAAGAGAAACGAGAAAAGGACAGAAGUGAAGGAAAGCAUAAAGAGAAGAAAGACAAGAAAGACAAGAAGGAUAAACAUCGGGAUAAGAAGGAAAAGAAGGGUAAAAGCAGCAACCCAGAUGAGAAGAGAGUUCACAGCCAAUUUGAGGGGUAUAAUGGAGAAAAGGUUCAUCCUAACGAUAGCACGAGAAGCAGCUCCUCAAGCGACAAGAAACAAUCUUUGCAGUUUCAAAAUGGGGAAUAUCACGAGCAGCUCCAAAAGAAAGAAGAAUCCAGUAAAGAGAAAAAUAGUUCCUCAGAUGACAAGAAAUCAUCAAUACAAUUUUGUGGCCAAAAUGGAGAGUUGGUCAGAAACAGGAUUAAGGCUACGGAUACUUCUGAGAAUAUUAAAUUCGUCCAGGAGUUGGAUAGAAGGAUUAAAAAUGAGGAAAAGGGAACGGGUAGCCACCAGUUUGUUGUUGAAGGUAGAAAAAACAGUGUUAACAGAACCGAGGUUCAAAAGAUGGAUGGGCGGCAAUCGAUCAUGGAGGAGGCGGGCUUUGGCAGAAAUGCAACAGUCCAGAAUAAGAUCAAUGGUAAAACAUUACCACCUUUGGACAACAAGAUUGAGAAAAGGAUUGAGCAGAAAGAUAAAAUGCCGCAAAAAGAAAGUGAAGAUAAACGAGGAGAUAAACGGAAGAACAAAGAUAGGGACAAACAAAGGCAAGGGAAGGACAAAGAUAUGGAAAAGGAGAAAAAGGAGGAGAAAGCAAAGGAAAAAAGCGAGCAGAAGAGAGCCGAGAGGGAGAAAAACAAAUAUAUCAGGAAGAGCGAAUCCGUUGCCAAUCCUAAUAAUUUUUCCGCACAUCCUCCGGAAAAUAGUUUUCACGGCACCGGUAGUGAAGGAAACUUAAAGAAAAGGAAAGAUAUGGAGACCAAUGGUGUUUCUCAUGAGAAUGAAUCCCGGCCGAACAAGAUGGGUCGAUUCAGCUCUAAUAUCUCUCCAGAAAAUGGAAGGAAGCUAGAUCCUGUCCAAAAUUCAGGCUCAAGUUUGUUAGAUAGGCAAGGGGCAUCUCAAGGGGCGUCACUGAAUAGCUUUAAGGUGGGUAGUAAGGGUCAGAGAGUUAACGGCAUGAUAGAUCCCCAACCAGAUUCGGUCCCUGCUAAAACACCACCAUUUCCUGCUUUUAAUCACAUUCCGGCCAAACCCUCCCCAAUCAAGUCACCACCUGUAAUUACAAACCAUGUUGCAGCCCAACCGCCCCCUGUUCCUACAACUAAGCCACAACCUGCAGUCCCUAAUCACAUUGCAGCCCAACUGCCCACACCCAAACCACCACCCUCGAUUCCAAAUCAUGUUGCAGCCCGAUCACCACCCCUUUCAUCAACACCACCACCAUCUACCACCGCUAAACAACCCCUUUCCAGACCUAAGCCACCACCUGCUGUUGUUAACAAGGCGGCACCACCACCACCAUUGCCUCUUCCGAAAAAGAAACCCGAACCACCAAUGAAACCACCUCACCCUGAUACCAAAUACUUGAACCAGAUACUAUCAGUUCCGAAAUUGGACCAAUGGUGUGGUUUUGAUGAGCAAGAAUGGCUAUUUAACAGGAAAGAGGAGUACCCCUGUUCCAAGAAAACAACAAUGGAGGAGCAUCAGGUCCAGGUAUGGUCUGAAGCUAAGCACAUAGAGUCUGUUGAUGUUUGUGCUUUGCCGUAUGUUAUUCCGUACUAAUUGAUUUUUGAUGAGGCACCAUUUUAUGACGUGGGGUUGGGAUCUUGAGAUGAUUCCGGGCGGCUUUUCUUUCUAUUUUCCAUUCAUCUAGUGUCUUGAUAGUCCAUCUAUGCUUCUGGGGAACGCCUUUCAUUAUAUGAUGAUCAUGAAUCGCGGGGCUGAUCAAAAUUCGAAAAAGAAGUCGAAAAAUGGAACAUUUUCCAUGAUGGGCUGGAUUGGGUUGGAGUUUGAGGGAAGAUAGAUGCAUUGGUGGCUUUCUGCAAUGUUUAUUGAUAUUUGCUCAAUGCUGAGAUGCUCUUUGCUAACUUGAGAGUGUAAAAGAAAACCUGUUUUUGUGGUGUUACAACUCCACCACAGUUUUUGAUUUUGUAAUAUAGAACUAUUUACAUCAAAUGUAAGAUAGGGUUGGAGGAGGGGUAAGAUGGGGAUUUUAAAAAAAAGAGUGGUUGGUCAAAUCCAUUUCUGACAUUGAUUGC